CUUCCAUCUUGAAAUAUUGGCCAAUCAAUUAUAUUAUUAGUAACAAAGGUAAAACAGGCUUGGGGGAUAUUAAGUUUGCGUUGUAUAACCAUUGGUUUCCCAAUCCUUUUUCAUCUCUUUCCCUCUUAUCGCCCGAUAUUACAUACAACCAACCCCGCGACUCCACGGAACCGCACAUACGAUACAAAGAGCCAAGAUGCUCGAGUACUUCACUAUCAAGAAGCUAAAGAAGCAUCGGGAAGAGAAGGCCGAGAAGCAACGAUUAGAAAAGGAGGAGAAAACGAAGGAGAAGGGAAAGGGGAAGGAAGUCGAGAGCGCAGCAAAAUCCAGCCCUGCCAUCUCGACUUCCGAAUCCUCUAGCUCCCCCGAUUUCGUCUUGGAGACGGCGGAGGGUAUGCCUAUUCUCGACAAGGAGGACGAGAAGUUUCUCGAGAGACUUACCUCUUCUUCAUCAGAUGCUAAUGAUGACGGCGACGACGACGACGAAACUCCGCCGCCUCUACCCCCGCGCGUCAAGACACCGGUGUUCGAGAUAGAGAGCGAUGCAUCUAGCCUUGCUAGUAAGAAUGAGAACAACGGUAAUGCGAAAGAGGCCUCUGGCAAGGAUAGCAACGGCAAGACCAAGGAUAAGAAAGAAAAAGACAAGGACGGCGAGAAACCCGAGCACAAACCCAAGCGCUUCACCUUCGUCACCAACCUCUCCCGCAACAUGAGCCUCAAGCGCAAGCCCGGCGGCGACAAGCACAAGCAGGACCAGCACCUCACAGUACCCGCCUCGACCACCACAACCGCCAACACUGCCAACGCCGACCCGGAGCAGGAAGCAGCGAAGGAAGAAGCCGACAUGGCGCGCGUGCUCGAGGACCUAAACAUCGCAGCAUCAACAGACAACAAAGCCUUCUCGCUAUCCAAAGAAUCAGCCGAGACGCUGCGGCGCUUCACGCAGGUCCUCAAAGACCUCGUCAACGGGGUGCCGACGGCGUACCAGGACCUGGUCGGCCUAAUCGAGGACCGCGACGGCGUGCUCGCGCGCUCGUACGAGAAGCUGCCCAAGUCCCUCAAGAAGCUCGUCGCGCAGCUCCCGGACAAGCUGACCUCGUCGCUGGCCCCCGAGCUCCUCGCCGUCGCGGCCGAGUCCCAGGGCCUGAAGAUGGAGGAGGCGGCCGGCAAGGAAGGCGCGAAGAAGUUUUUGAGCCCGGGCAAUCUGAUGGAGCUUGUGACGAAGCCGGGCGCUGUGGUGGGGCUGCUGAAGGGUAUCGUGAAUGCGUUGAAGAUGCGGUUUCCCGCGUUCAUCGGCACGAAUUUGCUCUGGAGUAUGGCGGUUUUCUUGUUGUUGAGUGUCCUGUGGUAUUGCUAUAAGAGGGGCCGCGAAGUCAGGCUCGAGAAGGAGGCUAGUGAGGCGGCGGAUAAGGCGGUGGGAGAGCCGGGGGUUGUGGUUGGGGAGGUUGAGGAGGCUGAUAGUGGGAAGGAGGAUGGGAAUGGGGAGGCUAGGAAGAGUGUGCCGCUUAUUGAGGCUGCGCCGAGCGGGUUGCCGUCGCAGCUACCAGGGCAGGGGCAGCAGCCGGUUAUCGAGGUUUCUGCUCCGGUCGAGGUUAAUGGGAAGAAGUGAGAGGGUUCAUGGGGCACCUAAAACAGGACUACGAAUGGUAGGGGUAGGAGGCUGAGGAAAACGAGAAAAGGGAAAAAAAGGAGGGCAAGGGAAGGGAAAGGGAGGGAAAGGUUAGGACUGAUCCGACCUACAACCAAUUUCCUACUCCCCAUUCAUGAGGUUACGAGGGUUUACGUAUGACGGGACGGAUUGUUGUAAUAUGCAGAUACCCGGGUUGCUUUAGACGUUUACAUGAGGACUUAGAUUUUUUGUUAUGCUGCGUUUAUGUUUAACGUCGGUCAUGAUUUAGAUUCUUUUCUGAGUGGCUUGCUAGGUGUGACAAAUAUCUAAGAGGAUCCGAGAUAUUCGAUAUGGUCUGGGUGAAGGCUGGAAUUAAUAGGUGAGUGAGCGAUACUAGGUAGUCAAUGGAGUUCGACAUGA